AGGAGCUCCAUGUUGGGGUGUAGGCUAAAGGUCAGGGAGCCUGUCUACAACGUCCACUUGAAGGCAAACAAAUGCCCUAACCUUGAAUAAAGUCUGAUGGGAACAGACAGUCCUGGAGCUCCAGAGGAGCUCUACCAGCUUUGGUGCACCUUCCCUGGGUUGCUGAUCUGGAUCCACACUGCAGUCAUGGAUCUUUUCCACAGCUGGGGUUGGAGGUGGCUGUCCAUCUGCAGACCAAGUAUGGGCAUUAUGAGGGCUGAUUUAGACUCUACAGUGGCAGACCUGCAUACCACCUUCUGUUUCUUCCCAGGCUGGUUCUAUCUGCGCAGGGACGUGGGGGUCAAACUCAUCUGGGUGGCCGCCAUUGGGGACUGGCUCAACCUGGUCCUGAAGUGGUUCUUGCAGGUGGGCCUGUGGAUGCUGCUGUGUACAGUGGAGCUGCUGGUGUGCAUGUCCAGAGUCUACAUGGCUGCCCACUUUCCCCACCACGUCAUCAGUGGGGUCAUCACAGGUAUCAUGGUGGCUGAGUUCUUCUCUAGAGUGCAGUGGAUCUUCAGAGCCAGUCUGAAGAAGUACUUCUACACCACCGUCUUCCUGCUCUCCUUCGCUGUGGGCUUCUACGUGCUGCUGAAGGCUCUGGGCGUGGACCUGCUGUGGACCCUGGCGAAAGCCCAGAAGUGGUGUGUGAGGGCUGAAUGGGUCCACAUGGACUCCACUCCCUUCGCCAGCCUCCUGCGCAACAUGGGCACCCUGUUUGGCCUGGGCCGUGCACUCGCCCCUCUACACCGAUACACCGAGAGCAAGAAGAACAGCAGCACCCCCUUCAGGGCGGGAUGUAUCAUUGUCUCCUUAUUGCUGCUACAGAUCUUGGAUAGCUUGAUGUUCUCCUCCAGGAACCAGGCAACGUUCUACAUGUUGUCCGUCAAUAAGAGUGCUGCUGCCCUCUUCAUCCCCACAGCUCUGGUUCCCGGAGGACUCUCCUGGAUCUUCCCAGGUUAAAGUGGGGCGGCUAAGCUGAAAUUUUCAUAACAAUCGUUCACUUUGUGAUAAAAGCACCACAUUUGGCACAGAGGUAGGUUUAUGUACCCUGAAAAUAUUUUGAUAUUAGGCCAUGACAUAUUUGGCCCAUGGGGGACAUGGCAGCCAUCUUACAAAAUGGCCACCGAAAGUAAAACAAUUUUACAAUUCAGAAGGACUGUUUCAAUAUAAAAACAAAUUGGGUGCAGAGUUGGAAAAUGUACACUGAAAUAAUUUCAGUUGCUUUGGCAAUACUAUUGUACAAACCAAGGACUAUGGUGGAAGUUGAGUGUAGUUGUCACCUGGAGGUGUGUAAAUCUGUUGGACUAUCAGAAACUGUUUUGAUUUGACAAAUUAAUUGGCUUGCUAAUAAGCCCAUGAGCAGACCUCAUUGGUUUGAAUGGUGUCAGCAAUUUUUUAUCUUGUAUUCUUUUGAACUUAACAACAUGAAUUGGGGUAUUUGGAGUACUAUAUAGGUAGAGAACAUUGAACAGAACAAGGCUAUGUAAAUAACAAAAUGUUGACAAAAAUACAGAUAGAACCUUAUAGUCCCAAGCUCUCGACUUGUUUCUUCAAAUAGAUUGCUGUUUGUUCCUAAUUAAAUGUAAAUGUUACAUACAGUAUAUGCAAUCCUGUGUAUAGCAACAUAUAAUUUAUGGGGAGACAAGUGAAAACUUGUGAUUCAGUAGAAAAGUUUGGAGGACAUUGAGGAGCUGAAUCCUCUGUUACAGGAAGCAAUGCUAGAAGACUAGGCUAUCUUCAGCUUUGUGAAAAAGUCUUCCACUGCCUCAGAGCAUUCAUGCUGGAGUGUCUCUAUUUCUUUGUGGUGGUUAUGUCUCUUGGGUUCAUGUUAGUGAAUGACACUGUGCUGGUGUGGCUCCUUCGAUGACAACAAGAGGACAAAGGGUGAUUAUCAGGCCCUGGACUCCGGACCUUGAGCGGUGAGGAUCAAGACUGGUUGUACUAUAAUGUACAAUAAGUGUUUGCAUUUUAUUUACUAGAUGAUGUUGUGAACACGGUUGCCGUGAUUAAUGAGCAAAAUCCCUUUUGCUUGGUGUACACAAAGAUAUUUUUUUACUUUGAGUUAGUUUUUCAGAGAAAAUAACCCAAAAUGACAAAACUGAUUAAUGAAUUAUUACUAGGGACAUUAAACAUUUACUACUAGACGACCGACCCUCAGCUCAAUACAUAGCAACACUCUUUACCUCAUGCCCACUGACGUUGGGAGUUUUGGCCAUGGAGGUUCAACGAGCAGCACUUUUUGUGUACAGAACGAUGACUAUGUGUAUCUGUGCGUUAGUGACACUUACCAAGUAUACUGUUUCAAUCAAACAUACCAGCAAUAAUGAAUAAAUACUUGACUGUACAUUGUCACAUGUCAACACACUGUA